UUGUUUAUAUUGAAACUCUCUCUCUCUCUCUCUCUCUCUCGUUGUGCUCCUUCUUCUCCAAUGUCGACGAGCCAAAGCCACCACCAUCUCCUGAGAUUGGUCCUUAGUUGCAGAAAAAUUACUGCCCAAGUCACCAACCCUAGAACCGAAUCCAUUGUGGCCAUGGCUUCUUCCUCCGAGCAAGAAUUUAUGGCCCAAUACAGAGCGCAGCUGAAUAGGUUCCCAAGAACUCACAGCGUCUGGGACGCAAGGAUCGCUUCGAGGGUCGGCGAGAAACUAGGGUUUCGUCUCAUAGAGAUUGGUGUUUCAGAUGUAGAGAUCGACCUUCACGAAGAACUCUCCAGGCCGGUCCAUUACAGGAGGAUGGUUAUGCCCCUCUUCGAUUCGGUGAAGCGGACUGGGGUUGGCGUGUCGGGGGCCGAGAAAUUGGAGUCGCAGUGAUCGAGGUGAGCUGAUUCUUGGGUUAAGGUUUCAAUUGGGAGAGGAUUUAAUUAUACUGCACUAUAAGAAAUGCUGUAUAUUUAUUGAGUUGCAAGAGAGAAAGAUGAAAUUAUUGUAUCGGAAUCGCCUAAUUAUCAAAUAAAAGCUUUUACUUCAGAAGUUCUUUUGAAGAUAAA